UUAUCAUUUUUUUUCAAUCAUCAUUUGUAAUCUUUUGUUGAUGGCCAUCAUCAUUAAUAAUAAUAAUCUUAUUGGAAAGAAUAAAUAAUGUCUUUGAUCAUAUUUAAUCGAAUGAUGAAUCAAAUACCGGCCAAUAAAGCCUGUGAAACUGAAGAAGAAGUUGAUGAUGAAAAUUAUAAUUUUAAUAAUGCAGAUGUUGAUUCCAAAUCAUAUCUGGUCAAUUUGUACAAGAAUCUGAAAAAUUGCAACUAUUUUCUUAAUAGUUUAAUCGUUAAUGAACAAUUGGACUAUGUUGUGAUAUCAUUGUUUAAAAAUCAUCAAUUCAGUUUCGGCAUCAAAUUAUUCGAUUCUGAUACAGUAUUCGAACGUGUACAUUUUACUUGUGAAGAUAAUCAUAUUAUUGAUUAUAUUGAUAAUGAAGAACUGCCACCAAAAUUAAUAGAUGUGAUAGAAAUGUUUGAUUUUAAAAAUAUCUAUUAUAAUGGUUGUAUUAUAUCGGAAAUACGUGAUUAUCGUCAAUCAUCAACAGAUUUUUUUAAUUCAUAUUUUAUAUUACUUAAACCAACCAGUUUAAGUCUUUAUAAUGAUGUUAAAAAAAUUAUUGGUUUAACAAAUAAAACCUAUUCAUGGACAAAUACUGCUCGACUGAAAUUAGAAUCCAAAUUAAUAUAUUUAACAUCACCAAAACUUUGUCUUGAUCCUAAUCCUUGUAUUGGUAUUUUAUCGAAAAAAUUAUCAAGGAAAAAAUUAAUUUUUGGUAAUAAAUUAUUUUUAAGAUUGCCAAGAAAAAGACUCAAAUCAAUUAUUGCACGUGAUCAAUCAAAAGAAUUUCGUUUACUUAAUUUUUUAAAAAUAAAAAAACCAUUAUCAUCAUCAUUUAUUAUACCGAAAAUGAAACCAAAUCCUAUUGCUAUUGAAAGUCAAAUGAAAAUAAUGCAAACAGAAUAUAAAGAUGUUGAAAAAUUGGCUAAACAAUUAACCGAACCGAAAGAUUGUCAAUCAAAUGAAUUGAUUAAAACAGAAGAAUAUCGUAUGGAAUUUCUUGAUACGACCGGUACAAUUAUAACGUUAACCAUAUUUCGUCGACCUUAUGAUGAUGUUUAUUUUGGUAAUAUUGUUAAUGUGAAGAAUGGUGAUUCAAAAUCGGCACCAAACUUUUAUCUGGGUACAAAAGAAAUGAAACGUCGUUAUAUUGAACAAUUUAUUGAAACAUUUUCGGAAAAUGGAAAAAAAUUGAUUAAAAUUACUCAAAGAAUCGGUAAUGAAGAGCCUAAAGUAAAACAUACUCAAGCUGUAGAGAUGUAUCUAUUACGACAACAACAACAACAACAACAACAGAAUUCUGCAAAAUUAAAAAUCGAACAACAACAAUCUAUAACGAUGAAAAACGGAUCGAAUAUUCAACAACAACAUCAGGCUCCCAAACCGACCAUCAUUUUGAAUUCAUUAAUCAAUAAUCAUCAAAUUCAUAGUACAAAUGCUCCAAGUGAUAAUAUAGUCACGACAACCGCAGCAUCAACAUCAUUAUCAUCUUCAUCAUCAUCAUCUUCAUUAGCCAUAAAUAAUACCUCAACGCCAAUGACGAAAUUAACUCCGAAUCAAAUUGUGAUAAAACAUUCAAAUUUAAAAUUAAUUCAAGCAGCUAAUUCAAAUGUUAUCAAUAAAGAAGUGAUCAAUAAUAACAAUAAUCAUUCGACAUCUAUGAUUUCCUUGAAUACAACUACGAAUAAUAAUAAUCAAUCAACAGUUCAACAAUCACAACAACAACAGCCUGUUUUGUUGAAUGUAAACACAACAACAGCAGCCGGUUCAUAUCAAAAUGGAACACAACAACAACAAAUACCUAUUCGUAUACCACUUUCAUUUUCAUUACAACAAUUAAAAUCUGGACAAAUUGCUUUGGUUCCAAAUACAAGUCUAACGAAUCAAACAUCAUCAUCAUCAACAAUAACAACAGGUACUGCUGGUCCGGUAGCUACUGUUGCUAAUAUUCAAAUGACUAAUAAUAAUAAUAAUAAUUCACAAAAUGUUCCGGUCACAUUUACAAAUGAUGUUAAUAUCAAUCAUCAUCAUCAUCAUCAUAAUCAAGAUCAUUCACAACAAAAUCAAAACAAUGGAAUUCAAUCAAAUAAUAAUGGUAAUAAUAAUAUAACAACCUAUUUGCCAACCAAUGUUAAUUUUAUUCUACAAGGAAAUCAAGUUUUUACUGGUAAAAUUGGUUGAAAAAAAAAACAUUAACAUGAAAUGAUAACAUAGAAAUUAGUUAGAAAUUGAAUCAUAUUCAUUCAAUCAAUUUGGGUUUGUUUUUUUUGGUGUGCGUGUGUGUUUGUCAAUAGGGUAAAAGAUCUUAUCGUG